UCGGAUGAGAUCGUGUAAAUAUUUCCGGUUUAGCCCCUACGGGCGUUUAGUCUCUAGUUUGAUUCCGAGAGUAUUUUGGACCCCUGCGUGGACACCAUAAAUAUCUCUCCCCUCUCUCUCUCACCCCUCGCGCCAGGCACCAAGACCAGAGCCGCCUCCCACCCUUUCCUGGUGCCCCUGCUCUGUCGUUCCCGUCGCCCCUUCUGUCCUCCCCUGUGUUCUGGUUUUGUUUUUCCUCCUUCCUUCUUUCUUCUAGGGUUAGAAUUUGAGAUGGAGGAUUGAGACUUUGAACCACGAAUUCAUGGGAAAGGAAGCCCUCUCUUCCUUUUGUCCUCCGGGAUUUUGAUCCGAUCUGAAUUUGUGUGCAUCUAGUUUUUCCUUUUUGUGUUGGUAUUUGUUUCCCCCUUCCUAUUUGAUUGGCGCAGGUCUGCUGGGCGUGAUGCAUUAGGCACGCAAGCAGUAGGCGCUGGUUUUUUGGUUCUUGACUCUUGGCGCAGGGAAGCUUCAGGCUCUGGCUUGAGUAGCUGCCAAGUGUUGGGGGGCGUGACUCCUAGGGCGGCUGAGGUGCCGCUGCUCUGCAUGACCGGCAGCACCAUCUGCCGCUGGUGGAGGUGCUGACCUUGGAUCGCGCGCAGAGCCCAGGUGCGGCCGGCUGUGCGCAGCUGGGGGCGGCAGCCAUCUCGCUUGUGCAGCAGGCGCUGAACUCAGAACAGCUUGCUGCAGCAGCAGCCUGCGCAGCAGCAGGGCGCGGCUCUGGUGGAGCGUUUGCAAGCUAACUCUUUUCUUUGAUUCACAGCAACAAUUUUGGUUUCCUUGUUUGUGUGAUUCUUGUGCAGGGAGACGAAUCGAGUGCGUGUGUGGGAAAUCCCGGCUCAGAUCGUGUUCGUUCUUCAUCAGCACAACUCUGCACAUAAGCGCCACUGUCUCGCGGGCCUCUGUUAGUUCCUGCCGUGUCGGGUCAGAACAAAAAAAAGAAGAAGAAGCGAACAUAAAUUCGCGGACAGACAACCGUACAUGGAGAAUUCCAGCAACGCGUAUAUUUUACUAGUCAUCACACGGCAGCAUGUAUAUGCACCGGCAUGAUCAUGCAAUGAGCAGUGGCACCGGUCGAGCGCAAUUAUGCGGCCACGUUCUCGUGCACAGUGUGUGAAACUGCCAAGCAGUCUCGCUCGAGAUCCAGCAGGAGAUCGACCACUACCUCUGCAGUGAAGGUGUACGGCGGCUGCUGCUAGUGUCCGCGGCGUGAUGGGCGACGACGGCGCGACGAAGACGGCAGCGGCGGCGACGGGCCUCAAGCAGAUCGUGCGGCUGCGGGAGCUGCUGCACAAGUGGCAGCAGGCCAUGGCGCUGGGGGGCGGCAUCAGCAAGCCGCCGCGGGAGGAGGAAGAGGAGGGCCACGGCGGCGGGGCGCCGGGCGACGAGGAGCUGGUGGCGUCGGCGAUCCCGCCGUUCGUGAUGCAGCGGCUGCGGCGGACGGAGACGGUGGACUCGCUGCUGUCGGACGACGAGAGCUGCCAGAGCCCGGAGCCGCCGCCGGACGUGCCCCGCGGGUACUGCCCCGUGUACGUGGGGCCCGAGCAGCGGCGGUUCGUGAUCCCGACCAGCUACCUGGCGCACCCCGUGUUCCGGCUCCUGCUGGACAAGGCCGAGGAGGAGUUCGGGUUCCGGCACGAGGGCGCGCUCGCCAUCCCCUGCGAGACCGAGGCGUUCAAGUACAUCCUCCAGUGCGUCGAGCGCCACGACAAGGGCCUCGCCGCCGACGCCCAAGUUGCAGAAGCGAACCACCCGGCCAUAGCGCUGGAGCAAGAACCGGCGGCGAUGCACCAUGCUUAAAUCCUUAGACUAGCUAGAUGCAUGGUGUUUGCGUUGCAACGUGAUGUACACUUUUGUAAUUUUUCUUAAAGUUUUAUUAUUUUUUAAGCAAAAGGACUGCUGGUAUGUAUGAUGUCCAGUAUCUUCGAGGCAUUGUUUGUAGAGAGGUCAAGAAUUCAAAUAUAUCUGUCAUUCAGUCAGUCUCUUGCUAAUCACAAAGUACCUGGUUGUGAACUCGGUUA